UACCUUGAGUAAGUAUUUGUUCGAGCAGACGACACGUCUUGGCUUAUUAAGCCGGACGUCAGGCUUUUUUUAUAAAAAAAAAAGUUGGCGCGGAUUUAGGCGGGAGUUUUUAGGUUCUUUUUGCGGGCAUAUUCUUGGUUGGAGGGUUUUGUGAUUUUUCAUUGCUUUUUGGAGGGAGUUUAGUGUGUGAUAAUGUGUUUAAAGGUUUUGUUAUUGUUUGUGUUUGUUUUUGUAAGUUCAGUGUCGCCUCAGGGAUCAGGAUCGGGGACUGAUGGAAAAUUACGGCUCUGCGUGGUGGAGGGCCGCGGCUCGUACAAGCGCGCGAGCAAGUAUUGUCCCGUGCUGGACCAGUCAGACUCGGGGGUCGAAUGCGUUAUCGGACAAGACAGAUUGGAUUGCCUCCGUCGCAUGAGCAAAGGCGUGGUCGACUUCGGUGUGUUCAGCCCUGAGGACCUCAUCGCCACACAAUGGGCCAACAUCAACGUGCUGGUGACAGACGAAGUGAGAUCGAGGCCACGCAAAUACGCGAGCAGCAUAGUUGCGGUCAUCCACAAAAGUUUGCUGCCAGAACUAGACACAGUGUCUUCUGUCCACUCCAUCCUGAAGGGGUCCAGUAUGUGUCAUAUAGGACUUGGAGCAGAUGAGCGACGACCGCUGAGCGAGACGCUUACUGAGUACCUGGAGUCGCUGGUGACGAGGAAGUCAUGCGACAGCGAGCUGUCAGUAGCCGAGAACCGUAUAAAGGCUAUGGCGGACAUGUUCGGUAGGUCCUGCCGCGCUGGACCUUGGGUGUUAGACGCUAAGAGAGACGCAGAACUUAAAGCUAAGUUCCCCUCCCUCUGCGCGUCAUGCGACCGGGCGAGCAAGUGCGACCGCCACGACCGCUACUGGGGCCCCGGCGGAGCCCUCUCCUGCCUGGUCGAGGGCGCGGGCAACUUCACGUGGGCCGAGGCGGACUUUGUGGCUGGAUAUUUUGGUAGCAGGACCGGCUUCGCGAAGCCCGCGGACUUCGCGUACCUUUGCCGGGACGGUUCCUGGCAAGAGAUUCACGAACACGAAGAGCCCUGCGUGUGGCUGCGAAGGCCGUGGCCACUACUCGUCGCUAAAACGAAAGCGGCUGAAGCUGUGAGCCGUCUGGCGGCCAACCUCACCGGCGCGGGAGUGGUGGUGGGCGGGGGCUGGCGCGGCGCGCUCACCGCGCUGCUCGAGGCUAACGGCGCGCUGCCGGCGCCGCUGCGGCCGCCGAGCACGCCGCUUGAUUACCUGGCGGGUGCCGGGGGGUUCAGGGAGGCUUACAGCCAGGCCGGAUGCACUCCGUCAAGACAUAUAGUAAUGUGCACCACGUCAAUCCUCGAGCAGAAUAAAUGUGAAUGGCUGAGCGAAGCCGCUGCGGUAUACGGAGUGGAGCCUGCGGUUCAGUGCUUGAGGAAAGAUGACCAAGCGGCCUGUAUGCAGGCGGUUAAGAAUGGGAGCUGUGAUGUCACGGUCGCUAGUGGAGACUGGCUGGUUAGAGCAGAGAGAGACAUGUCCCUCAUACCGAUCCUUCACGAAACGACGCCUAUCAUCAACCAAAGCACCACAGUCGUAGCCUACGUCCGCGAGGACGCGAAACUAUUCAAGAUGGCCGACUUGAAGGGAACGCGCGCUGCUUUCCCGCGCUUCGACGGUCUGGCUUGGCAUUCCGUUCUACGCUACCUUGCGAAUAUAGAAAAAAAUACUUGUAAAGAUAUCUUGAAUGGAUUUUUUAAAAGUAUUUGUGCGCCGGGUGUAGAUGAAUAUGUAAAAGAUAGUAAGAUGUGGAUAGAGGGGUGCGUUGUGGAGGAGGGGAAGGUGGUAGAGGGAGAGUGGGGGGCGCUGAGGUCGCUAGUGGAGGGGAAGAGUGACGUCGCGUUUUUAAGCAUGGCUACCUAUAACCAAUAUGUUGCCAAACAAAUUCCUGAACCUUGGGUCAAAGACGUCAAAAUCAAACCCAUUUGCGCCGAGGACAACGAGAAAUACUGCUUCAUAUCCUGGUCCAAUAUCGGCCAUGUUUUCGCCAAAAAUACCACAGCGAUGCGCCGCCAAGAAAUCAUAAACGUUAUGACGAAAUUGGACCAAUUAUUUGGCAAACAUAACCCGAAUCAAGCGUCAGCAGUCAUGUUUUCUCUCUACGGGCCUUACAAUCAUCAGAAUAAUAUUCUAUUCCAUGAUAAUACUAAGGCAUUGUCAACAAGCGAUGUUUUACGAACGCAUCCGUUCGAUAAAGUGCCGCUGAAUUUUGAACGCAGCUUAAAGGAUAUUGACAGCUGUCAUGUGUCAGAUUUGACAGGUGCCGCGGGUAGUGUUGUGCCGAAGUUAAUGUUGAUUGUGUCGAUGGUCUGCGUGUUGUUUUUGUAAGAACUGAAUGUACAGCAUGGCAAAAAAGAGUAGAAAGUGUCGUCCCGUUUCCUUAUAUAUAUUGGUUUGAAAAGGAUGGCACUACAGUGUUGCCACAUUUUAAUUUCUACUCUUUUUUGCCAAGCUGUAUGUGAAAUUGUGUUAGAUUUAUAAGAUAUAGCCGGUCAAACAAGUUUGUCAGUAGAAAAAGGCGCGCAAUUAAAAUUUUCUAUGGGACGAUAACUCUUUGCGCCUACAUUUUUUUAAAUUUGCCGCUUGUUUCUACUGACGGAAAUGGCUUGACAUAUAGAAAUGUUUACCGAUAAAGUAGCGGAUUUGGAAUAUACAAAUAUAUGAUGAAUCAUAUGUAGUGAAAAUAAUAAAAACAGUUAAAUACA